CAGCAGUACUUUCAAGCAGAGGGUAAAGUGGGCAAGGAGCUGGUCGAGACCUCCUUUCAGGUUAUUGUCAGGGAACAGCAAGGUGUGCACUCCUCAAAUGCAAAAAUGAAACCAGGAGGCAUCACCUGCUCCAGCAGCAGCAGCUUCACAGUCCAACCCAUGCCCAGAUUGAGCAGCAGCACUGUCGGAAGCAUUGGGGUCAACAAGACAAGUCUGAUGUCAGCCUUGGCAGUUUGGUGGAUGAGCAGGUGCAUGUGUGGGUGGUUCCCAUGCUCAACAGACAGCUAACUUCUACUAAAAUUGGUCAAAGCUUGUUGAAGAAAGCCGGGGACGCAGUCAAGUCAAAGUUUGACUUAAUGGCAACGAAUUGUACCCUCGUCCCUGGUGGUGUUCUGCAGGUUGAUGCGCCUCCAUCUUUGUGCUGCUCCAAGCUCUUCUUCAUUGAGUGCUUGCAAUGGGAUGGAGUCAGAGGGCAGAGUGUGAAGGUGCUUGGUAAUGGGCUGAAGAAGUGUUUGGACCUCUGUGUACAGCUGGGCUUGUGCUCAGUGGCCUUUCCAGUCAUUGGACCUGGAAUUGCUUUAAAAUACCCGCUAAGAGAAGCCAUUCAAGUGCUGACUGAGAACAUUCGCCAGUUUGGAUUAUCUGCAUCCUCUGGGUCUCUCUCCACCAUCCACAUCGUCAUUAAACCAGACUACCCUGACUCUGAGGCGUGCUACCAUGAUGUCAACAGACACCUCAGCUCAAACAUGAAUCAGGGAGGCCAAGCAAUCUUUAGGUCCCUCACUAGCGAUCUUGAUGACAUCACAAUGACAUUGGGAAGCGGGGUUAAACUACAGCUGGUGUUUGGGGACAUCACUAAUGAGGUUACAGAUGCUGUCGUGAACUCGACCGACUUUGUUAACUUUCAAAACGAUGGUGUGUGCAAAGACAUCUUAACCCUAGCUGGACCAGAGGUGGAGGCUGAACUUAGAGCAGCAAAAGUGAAUCAAGCAGACGUCUUUGUGUCCCAGGCCGGAUUGUUCCCCUGUGAAGCCAUUUUCCAUGUCUGUGGGUACAAGGAUGCUGUCAUCAUCCAACAACUGAUGUGUCGCAUUGUGGAAUAUUGUGAAUCGUACGAUUUAAAGUCUGUCGCCAUUCCUGCCCUUUGUGCUGGAGCUGGUGGGUUGGACCCUGGUGUUGUGGCAAGCGCCAUCCUCCAAGGGAUCAAGGCAGCCACGUCGUCCACUCCUCUUUACUGCCUCACUGACAUCCGCCUUGUCCUGAUUAAGAUCAAUGUCUUCUUGGCUUUUAAAGAUAAAGCAAAGCAACUGUUUUCCACUGCUAUAAUCAACAGAGUGCCAGUACCUCAGUUGCCUCAUGUACUACUACAACAACAACAACAACAACAACAACAACAACAACAGCACCCUUCGUCUGUGAGUGCAGACCUAAGCCUCUACCGUAUUAGCUCCGCAAUUCAGCAGUCCGUCUUCCGGUUCUUGGGUCUCAACAAAAAAGAUGUUGAUGAUGCCAUGGCAAAGCUGAAGGCUCUGUAUCAGGCUCAGUGCUCCACUCAAACCUUCAAAAAGGAAGAGCUGGAAGGCCUCACCCAGGACGACAUGCAGAUUCUGAUGCAGCUGGUUGAGACCCAUGGUCUGUACGUGCAGAACGGCCAGUCUCGCCCGGGCACCUUAACAGUGAGCGGGUUAAAAGAUGGGGUCAACCAGGUGAUGCAGCUGAUUAACGCCCGUCUGCACGGUGCCCUCAGAAGAGAGGUGAGAGUCAGAGAGGAGGAGGAUCUGUACAACCGUGUGUCUUGGUGCAUCCUGGGACACAGUGGCAACUGGGAGAGACUCCCCAAAACAGCUAAUCACAACCUGGAGAAUAAUGAUGUAGCAGGAGGGAUAGUGGACGCACAAGGCAUCCAUUGGAGUGUAAAUCUGCAGAGGAUGGAGGCCACGGGACCAUUCCCCGGGCACACAACGAAGCUGAAACGACUUGAGAAUCCUUCAGACUUCACGUUUCCUCUGUACUGGGACAACAUGGGUGCCGAUGAAUCUUUGAAGGUGGUUGCACUGCAGCCGUCGUCUGCAGAAUACCAGAGAGUGAAGCAGGACUUCAAACGAACUGUCCACAAGACUGUUUUGAAGAUCGAGCGCUUGCAGAAUGUCCAUCUGCGACGUGCCUAUGAAGGACAGAAGAAGCACCUUUCUGAUAAAAACAAUCAGCUGGGAGGAGCAGGUGAAAAGCUUCUGUAUCACGGAACGACCCAUGACAACUGUGACUCUAUCAAGAAAACCGGGUUCAACAGGCGCUUUUCUGGGCAGAAUGCAACCUCAUACGGUCACGGAACCUACUUCGCGGUGAACGCCAGGUACUCAGCCAACCCCACGUACUCCAAGCCAGCUGCUGAUAAUUCCGCGUUAAUGUUCGUGGCCAGAGUCCUGACAGGAAUCUACACUCAGGGCGAAAGCAACAUGAUGGUCCCUCCUCCUCGCAGUGCCCAGCAGCCCCAUGACCGCUUCGACAGUGUGGUGGACAAAAUAGACAACCCCAACAUGUAUAUUGUGUUUCAUGAUAACCAGGCGUACCCAGACUAUCUUAUCACCUUUAAGUGACUAUGAGGGACAAAUUAUGAAUUUUCCACAGUGAGAAUUUGUCAGUGUAGAAAUCUACAGAAAGUUUUCAGAAUAAAGUAAAUGAUAAGCUUUAGAUUCUUAGUUUAAUUUUUGGGUAUGUUUGAGUAUGUUUGAGAGUAGGCUAAGUGAAUACAAUUUUAACAUAAAUAUACUGUGUAUGUACAUCUUUUAAAUUUGAUGUAGUACAUUGAAGUGAAAGAUCUCAGAAUUGUUCCCAGUAUAUGUCAAACGUAACUGCCUAGGUAGGCACAUGGCUUGUUCUCCAGGAAUGAAGGUGUUUAACUGUUACGCUUUAGCUUUAUUAGAUGACAAGAUGUACUGUUUACUGCUUUUGAAACGGUUUUGAAAUCAUAGCUUAACUGCCAAUCCUCUAAGCAUUAAUAAAAUCUGUCAAAUCAUU